GGAAACGGGAUUCCGUGCCCCUCUAAAUUCGAAUGCAUUUUCAAAGACGAUAAGAGCGAAUAGAACUUGGCUUCCACGUUUGGCUUCUACGAGAACGAAAAAGGUGACAAAAGCAAAAAGAAAUAGCGCGGUGGUUGCAGAAUAAGAAGAAGAAGAAGAUGAUGAGAGAGAGAAAGGGUUGAGCAUAGCAAAGGGCAUCGCGGUAAUUUCAAUCCAUCUUCUCGUUCAUGUUCACAUCCAUCCUCUUGUACAGCAACAGCGACACUACCAUUCUCGCCGUCGGCGGCGGCAACGGCUGGUUCUGGUUGAUGGCUGCCCCGGCGACGCCCUCUACUUCUGCGGUUGUGUUCACGGCCCUAGCCGGCGUUGCUCUGUUGGCUGUCAUUUUCUACGGUGCCAGUAGGGGUCGGCUUAAAUCACCAUGGUCAGCCAGGAAAAGAAAGGAUGCCCUUUCACCUCAGCAGUGGAAAAGCUUGUUUACAGAAGAUGGUAGAUUCUGUGAUGGUGGAAUUAAGUUCCUGAAAAGAGUACGCAGUGGAGGUGUUGAUCCUAGUAUUAGGGCUGAGGUUUGGCCAUUCCUACUUGGAGUGUAUGACUUGGAAAGUACCAAAAGCGAAAGAGAUUUUAGAAGAAUUCAGAAUAGAAAGCAAUACGAGAAACUUCGCAGGCAAUGUCGGAAACUCAUCAAGCAAAGAAAUGAUAGCAUUAAUUUAAAUGAAAUUGGUGAAAUCAGCUAUGAAGGAGAUGGAGAUUCUGGUUCUUCUAGUUCUGAAGAUGCAGCCAGUGCCAGGGAAUCCCUUUCUAGUGAGGACAAGAGCCCAGAUGUUGAAUAUUCAGAUAAUCCGUCCAGUGCCCUGCUGGAAGGAGAUGAUGUUUCUAAUGUCAACAAUGCUGAUGCCUCUGUUCAGGAUACUGAUUCCUCUGAUUCAGUCACCUCAGAAGGUCCUGAAGUAAUUCAGGCAGUUCCUUCCGAUGAUUUUCAGGAAGAGAACAGUCCCAAGAAAGCUUCCAAGGAACUCUCUUCUCCCUUACAAGCAAAAGUUCCAUCAAAACUACCAAGUACUGAAGAUUUUUCCACCUGGCAACGGAUUAUCCGACUUGAUGCUGUACGUGCAAAUGCAGAAUGGAUGGCAUCCUACCCCUCUCAAGCUGCAAUAUCAGACAGCAGGGCACGUCGCACUGCUGAGGCUGUUGGCUUGAAGGAUUAUGGUCACCUAGAGGCCAGCAGAAUCUUCCAUGCUGCCCGACUAGUUGCUAUUCUUGAAGCAUAUGCACUAUAUGACUCUGAAAUUGGCUACUGCCAGGGUAUGAGUGACCUACUAUCUCCUAUAGUUAGUAUUAUAGCUGAGGAUCAUGAGGCUUUCUGGUGUUUUGUCGGAUUCAUGAAGAAGGCACGGCAAAAUUUUAGGCUUGACGAGGUGGGUAUUCGGAGGCAACUGGAUACAGUUGCAAAAAUAAUCAAGUUUAAGGAUGCCCAUCUAUUUAGGCAUUUGGAGAAGCUUCAGGCUGAGGAUUGCUUUUUUGUCUAUAGGAUGGUGGUGGUAUUGUUUCGAAGGGAAUUGACAUUUGAACAGACUCUUUGCCUUUGGGAAGUAAUGUGGGCAGAUCAAGUUGCUAUCAAGGCAGGUAUUGGGAAAUCUUCAUGGAGCAGAAUUAGGCAGCGUGCUCCACCAACAGAAGAUUUAUUGCUUUAUGCAAUAGCAGCUUCGGUAUUGCAGAGAAGGAAAUUGAUCAUUGAGAAGUACAGCAGCAUGGAUGAGAUCAUUAGAGAAUGCAAUAGCAUGUUAGGACAGCUUGAUAUUUGGAAAUUGCUAGAUGAUGCACAUAACUUAGUGGUCACGCUUCAUGACAAGAUAGAGACAUAAUUCUGAUGACUGAAAUAAACCAACAUGUUUAUAUUAUUAUCGUGAAAAAACUUAUUUUUCAGGCUACCAGAUUUCUCCUCUUGAUCCAAAAUUAGCACUGGAACUGCAAAGGUUGUUGUUUAUUACUCCGAGGUCAGCUCCUUAAACAUGGCAUUGCUUAUUUGUAUGGCUGUCUCGACAAUGGUGGCUAAUGUGCAGAUGGAGGUUGGCUAGAUUCACAUGGCAUCUUUUAUUUAUUUAUUUUAGCUUCAUCUUUCUCUUGUUCUUUAAAUCUCUUCAAACCAUUCAUCGCUGUAACUAGGAUGCUUGUUUUUCUAGCUUUAAGUUACGUAAGAUUUAUCUCCGCAUUUUUUAGAAGGGUCUAAAAGACCUUUUCAUAUUUAUUAAAGGGAAUUAAUUGAGGAAUGAUAUUGUAACAACCAAUUAGUGUUACUACCAAUUAAUUUUACCAUUAGAUCGAUUAUUGAUCUAAUGGUUAUAUUAUUUUCAUCUUUG